CCUUCCCACGCCCCAGUGCGCUGUGGGACAGUGCUGCUAUAAAGUAUAUCCUCUGCCGGAGAAAGAUAAGAAGCCCGAGACAGGAGGGGGAUGAAGAUGGCGGACGCCAAGCAGAAGAGGAACGAGCAGCUGAAGCGGUGGCUGGGCUCGGAAACGGACCUGGAGCCCCCGGAGCUGAAGAAGAAGAAGACGAAGGUGAAGUUCGACGAUGGCGCCGUGUUCCUGGCCGCCUGCUCCAGCGGCGACACCGAGGAGGUGCUGCGAAUGCUCGACCGGGGCGCCGACAUCAACUACGCCAACGUAGACGGACUCACCGCCCUCCACCAGGCAUGCAUAGAUGACAACGUAGACAUGGUGACAUUCCUGGUGGAGCAUGGAGCCAGCAUCAACCAGCCCGACAACGAGGGCUGGAUCCCCCUCCACGCUGCGGCGUCCUGCGGAUACCUAGACAUAGCAGAGUAUCUGAUUAGCCAGGGUGCCAAUGUAGGAGUUGUGAAUAGUGAGGGCGAGACACCUAUGGACAUCGCUGAGGAGGAGGCGAUGGAGGAACUCCUGCAGAACGAGAUCAACCGACAAGGGUUGGAUAUCGAGGCAGCCCGGAAAGAGGAGGAGCGGAUCAUGCUGAGGGACGCCCGGCAGUGGCUCAACAGUGGCCAGAUUCAGGACAUCCGGCACGCCAAGUCCGGAGGAACAGCGCUCCAUGUUGCUGCUGCGAAGGGAUACGUCGAGGUUUUAAAGCUUUUAAUCCAAACAGGGUAUGAUGUAAAUAUUAAGGACUAUGACGGCUGGACUCCUCUACAUGCAGCUGCACACUGGGGCAAAGAGGAGGCUUGUAGGAUACUGGUGGAGCAUCUAUGUGAAAUGGACCUCAUUAAUAAAAUGGGCCAGACUCCUUUUGAUGUCGCCGACGAAGAUGUUCUGGGAUAUUUAGAGGAACUACAAAAGAAGCAGAAUCUGCAGAUGAUUGAGAAGAAAGUUGUGACGAAAUCUCCUUUGAUUGAAACAACAACCACAGGGGAUAACAACCAAUCACUGAAGCCACUCAAGAGCAAAGAAACACUGCUUCUGGAGCCAGAGAAGAUCGCCCCACGCAUCGAGACCUUAGAACCGGAGAAGGUGGAUGAAGAGGAGGAGGGGAAGAAGGACGAAUCAAGCUGCUCCAGCGAGGAAGAGGAGGAGGAAGAUUCCGAGUCGGAAACAGAAGCAGACAAGAGCAAGCCUUCAGCAUCGGUGAGCAACAGCACAACGCCCGUCCCCGCCAGCACCACCGUGCCAUCUCCCACGAGCCCGACCAACCAGGUGACACCCCCCACUUCGCCGGUGAAGAAGUCUGAUUAUAUUACUCCCCUCAUGCCUGUGGCGGAGCCGGGGUGUCCUGCAUUGUGGCGUCAAGGCUUGCGCAAAACUGGCAUUUCUCUAGGUCCCAAAAAACCUAUGGUCGCUCCGGUCCCUCAGGUACCUCAGGUCCCCCAGGUCCCUCAGGUUGCUCAGCCCGCUGGAAAGGUCUCCGCUAAAGUGGAAGAGGACAGGAAGGACGAGUCUCCGUCGUCUUGGCGUCUGGGUUUGAGGAAGACGGGCAGUUACGGGGCACUAGCGGAGAUCACGGCCACCAAGGAGGCUCAGAGGGAGAAGGACACGACCGGUGUGAUGCGCUCGGCCUCCAGCCCUCGCCUCACCUCAUCUCUGGAUAACAAGGACAAAGAGAAGGAGAAGGACAAGGUAACACGGCUUGCCUACGUGGCCCCGACCAUCCCCAGGAGACUGGCCAGUACUUCAGACAUCGACGAGAAGGAAAACAGGGACUCGACUCCCCUGAUUCGUAGCGGCUCCUACACCCGACGACGCUGGGACGACGACCUGAAGAACAGCGAAGGAAGCGCCUCCACUAACCGAAUCUCCAGCUACCAGCGCAGCACUUCCCAUACACUAGCGCUAGGGCGGAGCGGCAGCACGCGGGACGUGCCAGCCAAGUCUUCGUCCACCUCCAGCUUGGACCCUAACACCUGCAAUACUAAACCCUGGCAACCCUCCUCCCACUACCAGUCUUACAGCAUUUACCGCAGCGGCUCUUUUGGCAGAAGACACGAGGACCUGAGCUCCUCGACUACAUCCUCCUCCACGACCACCACCACCUCCUCAUCUGUUACCUCGCCCACGGGCCAUCGCGGCUUGCUCUCCAGCCUGGGCUCCUCCUCCACACGCACUGGCUCCACCAGUCUCACCAGCAGGUACUGGUCAGAGGAGAGUGCAGAGAGGGAGAAGGAGAAGGAGUCGGCUGCAGUCAUCCCCACUAUUAACACUGGCUCUACUACUACUACCACCACCACUACCGGCAUAUCUACCACUACCACCACUGCUGGCACUGGGACUGGCCCCGAAAGACGCAGGUCCUAUCUGACGCCAGUGCGAGACGAGGAGUCAGAGUCCCAGAGGAAAGCUCGCUCCAGACAGGCUCGACAGUCGAGAAGGUCCACUCAGGGUGUGACUCUGACCGACCUGCAAGAGGCUGAGAAAACCAUCGGCCGGAGUCGUCCCCCAAAGACCCGCGAGGAGGAGAGGGAGGAGCGAGAGAAGCAGGACAAGGAGAAGCAAGAGGAGAAGAAGGAGACUGAGACCAAGGAGGACGAUUACCGAUCAAAGUACCGCAGCUUUGAAGAGCGUUAUCGGCCUUCGUCCUCCUCCUCGGCCAUAUCCUCAGUCAGCACCACCCCAUCCUACUCUAGUAACACAUUGUCCUCCAGCUCCAGCGCCCUCAACAGGCCCAACAGUCUGUCGGGGAUCACCUCCUCCUACAGCCGCUCCUCCAGGGACACAGAAAAAGAAGCAGACAGAAAGGAGGAGGAGAAGGAGGGAGAGGACAAGUCUCAGCCCCGCUCCAUCCGGGAUCGCAGGCGGCCCCGUGAAAAGAGACGCUCCACUGGGGUCUCCUUCUGGACCCAAGAUGGUGAUGAUAAUGAUCCUGACCAGCUGUCGGACUCGGAGGAGGGCAGCACCAAGGGAGAGCCACAGAGUGACAGAUUGUCCAGGAAUGAGAGCACAUCAUCCCUAGAUCGCAACGACACUCUGUUCAGCCGCAGCUACGGUGAGAGUCGCCGGCCGUACUCCAGCCGACUGGACAGGGACGACUCCACCGACUAUAAAAAGCUCUACGAGCAGAUCUUAGCCGAGAACGAGAAGUUGAAGGCCCAGUUACGUGACACGGACCUGGAGCUGGCAGACCUGAAGCUACAACUAGAGAAGGCCACACAGAGGCAGGAACGCUACGCUGACCGAUCCCAGCUGGAGAUGGAGAAAAGGGAAAGAAGAGCUCUAGAAAGGAAGAUUUCUGAGAUGGAGGAGGAACUUAAGAUGCUCCCGGACUUGAAAGCAGACAACCAGAGACUAAAGGACGAGAACGGAGCGCUCAUUCGAGUCAUUAGCAAGCUGUCCAAGUAGAAACACACCCUAAACCCCCCCACCCCCCACCCCCGUCUUCUGCACCCCCCUAUAGUCCCCCAUGGCAGUGACUAAUGGAAUUGCACAUCUAGAUAUUAAUUGCAACAGACAUCAGAGACAAGACUCCUAUUUUUUGUUUGGUUCUUUUUCUCCUCCCAACUCUUUAUCUCCCUUUUGCUCCUCCUCCACCUCCUCCUCCUCCACCACCACCGCAGCAUCCAUCCAUCCAUCAAUCUAUCCAUCCAUCCACCUCCUCGGCUGGUCAUCCACUCGAGCGUGCGGCUGCUGUCCUGAUAAGAACCCCAGAGUUUACAGAGCAAAGAGGAAGACGGGUUGCGUGAGCAGCAUGUAGACGCAUCGUGUGGGCGGGGAAAAGCCCCGAAAACUAUUUAACCAAUAAAGCCUUAGAUGUACAUAAAGAGACGCAAGGAAACAAACACUCGAUCUCUCCUCUCCUCUCUCGGCUAUCACUGAAGAACAGAUAUUAUCCAACACCUGAUUUUAUUUGUGCCACAAUCUUUAUUUCAUGUAUUGUUUUGUUUUUUUGUUUCCUCUUCCUGUGUAAGUGUUGUGUGCUGUGCAGUUUCCUUCUACCACCCCUCAAAGUGCCACUUUCUGCCCCUCAUCAUCCUCGUGGCUCCUCCUCUUCCUCCUCCUCCCUUCACACACAGAUCACCGACACACAAACACACACACACCUUACCCUGACUUUUUUUUUUGUACCUCUGUGUGUCUUCCUCCAAGAGGGAAAAAAAUUUGAAUUCUCGCUUUAGCGGAAAAAAACGAGGCGGACCUGGUGGAAUUAAGCUUUCACUGUAUGUGCAAUAUGCAUUUCUUCUUUUUAUUUUUUAUUUUUAAUGCUUUAAUGACGAGUCCAUCACAAGUAGGAUUUUCUCACUCUUCCACCGCUUUCAUCGCUCACCCUCCUCCCCUCCUCUUUUUUUUUUUUUUUUUUUUUUUUAAGUUUGUAGUGUAGUCGGUUUAUAUUCUGUAUUUCUCACUUUUUUGUUUUAGCAGGUACUGAGUGAUGCUGUAUAUACCUGUAUGUAUUUGUUUGAGACCAGCACAUGGCAUGCGUUUAUGGUUCCCGUCUGUUACUUAUUAAAAAGUCUACAAAUUCCAGAGGACAAACAAGUUGUGUUUUUAAUUAUUAUUUUUCCAGUUUUCAUAGCCUGAAGUCAUUGGAUACAGUAGAGCGGCAGUUAUUCAUUUCUUUUCCAGUUUUUAAAAAAUUAAAGUGUUCACGUAAUUGUGAGAUUAAAGAGAGAAAUAAUCGCUUUCACUACAUUUCACUUUCAUUGUCUUCAGUAUCUUGGAACAGUGCUAUUCAUUCAAUUUUUAGUUUUUUUUUAAAGCUGUAGUAUUAUAGCCAAGGUGUUGUCACUAAAAAAAAGAGAACGAGAAUAUCUUAGGUAUCGCUAACCCAGUCCUUUUUACAAUGUCUACAUGCACUGUCAAUGCCAUGUGAGGGUUCUUGAUGUCAGGUUCAAGCAAAAAAUCGCCACCAUCGAAUAUUCCAUGCAUCUGAAAACAUUUUACGCAUUUCAGUGGCCUUUUUAAGGAUAUUUUACUCAAAUAAGUCGAAAAGGAAGAAGUCGCUGCAGAUGGACCGAUGACCAUCGACUCUGGUUAAGACUAUUAUUUUUUAUUUGUUUUGUUUUUCUUUAUUUUCUCCCAUCAUCUUGUAAAAUAGGUGUGUGGCUUAAAUACAUGCAAGCUGUGCUGUGACUACCAACCACUGAAGAGUUCAUUAAAAAUAAACUUGUACAUUGUAAAGUG